CUGAAAUAGACGGCAAAAGUCGCUUUUGACAGAAUAUCAGUCUAUUUCCUCAUUGAUAUCGCUAUCGCUAACGAGUCUCGAUCAUGGCUAUUUGCAUUACGUUCGGAACGCAUGAUUUUACCUCUAUGCUUGAGGGAUAUGAGAAUGUUAAGGCGUAUUGCUACAACUGCCAACACUGGAAUGGUCACUGUUUGACUCGAUGGCCCUUUUUCACUAUUUGCUUCAUUCCCGUGAUCCCUCUAGCAAUGCAUAAGCACAAGGAAGUCACAUGCUACACAUGUCGAUUUACCCAGGACCUGCGUGACCGGCCUGAUAUCACUCCCGAGACAAGGCCUCCAGCGAAUCUACCACCAGGCCCAUAUCUGCCUCCGCAGGCUUACUAUCCUCCGCCACAAGCGACUGGCGCCGCACCGGCGCCGCAGGAGCAGCCUAACUAUGGGUACAAGUGAGCGGAUGAGCGUGAAUUGAUUGUCUGGGCUGUGUUUUAUUUGCUUUUUAUUCCCGUUCUGUUGAUUUUUUCAAUUAUGGGAUUCUCGGAGUUCUAGUUUGGGAUACCAGUCAAUUUUAUGUCGUGAAGGUAUUCAAAGCAAUCGAAUUCAUCUUGUACCUCUCCA